UAAGAUACUGACAAAGACGUUAUUACUGUUUUCCAAAGUCUGUGCCCCGCGGCCCUAACCUGCAGACAUAGCUUUCAAAGGCCGGCAGAGUGCCAGCGCUGCGCUGAUAUGUAGCAUACUUAUAGCUCUCCAUACAAUUUAAUGCUAAAAUUGGAUGCGAUCUAUCGGCGCAAAGAGGUGGCCCAGAGCUGAUCGUCACUCUUGACUGGCAGAAGACCUAAAGCCUUUAGUCGACAAAUGGCUGGAAAGGAGAAACGCCGUUACAUCAAUUACAGGGUCGACGCGUAUUUGCGCGAUCGUUUCCUUCAAUCCGGUCGAAAGCACAAGCCCCGGGAGAUAUGUGGCGGCGGAGAGACCUUCAUGCGAUGCUUCAACCAUGUCAAGUUCUGCGUAGUAUGUUGCGCAUCCCUGUCCCAGGCUGUGGCGCCAUGGAUGCUGAGCGCCAUGGAGGUCCUGGCUGUGCUGCUCAUUUACUUUUUGGCGACGUCGAGGUCGCUGGUCAUCCACCACCACCGCUUCUCGUUCACCCGCAGCUUGGAGGAUGUUGUGGGAAUCACGUGCACCCGCGCUGCCAUUCUCAGCCUAGCAUACGCUAUCGGCCAACGCUCCGUGCAUAGGCCUUACCUAUAUGCUGCCUAUCUGCUGGCAGCCGCCUGCCUACCCUACAUAGUAGUGAAGACGAUUCUCUUCCGCUAUGGGCCGGAUGGCGUGGCAGCAGCUGCCAUCUUGGGGCUGGCCGGCGUGUGCAGCGUUGGCCACGUCCUGGCUGCCAGGCGCACUGUUGAAUGGGCGCGCCGGCGCUACCAAAUGGGCCUUGGUGGCUUUGGCAUGCCCUGGGAAGAGGGCGAGGACGCCUGGCACGUCCUGCGGCGCCCGGACUUGGAGGACUUGACCAAGACCAGCGACGGCGGCGGUCCAGACCCUGGGGAGGAUGUACCUGCGGAAAUGCUAGCAGAUGACGAUUCGAAAUUUGUGGAACUGGCGCCCGGGCUUAAGAUCCACUACAAAGAGGUUGCCCCUCCAGCCACGUCCUCGUCCGCAGGCUCCACGGCGCUAGGCGGACCUGACAGCGCUUCAACGGGCAUCGUGCUCGUCCAUGGCUUUGGCGGGGGCGUCUUUGCUUGGCGGCAUGUCAUGGAGACGCUCGCUAUGCAAUGCCACUGCCGGGUUGUUGCCUUCGACCGCCCGGGGUUUGGCCUUACGUCCCGUCCCAAAGCAAACGAGCUCAGCAACCCCUACACGGUGGCGUCGCAGUCGCAGCUGCUGCUCCAGCUCUGCGGCGCGCUGGGGCUGCGGCAGGUGGUGCUGGUGGCCCAUGCAGACGGAUGCCUGGUCACACUUCGGGCAGCAGCCACGUCAGCCAGUUGCCACCAGCGGCGGAGCCGGUACCUGCACCCGCAGCCCAUCUCCUCGGCCCUACAGCCCCAGCUGCAGCUGCAGCCGUACUCCUCCCGGGCUCCUGAGCAUGCCCGCAGCGCGCCAGUGUCGGCGGAUGCUUCCCCAAAGUUCACAUCGGGGUCGCCCUCAUCCCCGGCCUUGGAACAGUACCUCCCCCAAACCGCUCAACAGCAGCACCAGCAGCAGCAAGCGCCAGUGCAGCAGGGACUAGUGCGCCAGGGGUCGGCGAGCUGCGGCGGCGCGCUGUCAGCAGCUGCCUUUGCGGCAGCAGCGGGCGAGCCAGGCGCCUCCUCGCAGGGCCUGUCACAUCAGCUCUGUCCGGCGACGGGUGGCGCUGCGCUGCCUCCGGAUUGGGAGAGCGGCAGGGGCGUUGUUUUGGCGGAUGAAGUGGCGCGCCUCGGCACCAGCAGCUACCAUGGCUCAACGUCAGGUUGCGCAGUGAUGGGCAGCUCGGGCGAUGUGGAGGUCGGGUCGCUGCGUGGGGAGGCGCUGGAGGUAGACCGCGCCUCCUCCACAAGCACCUCCGUCACGGUUGCGCUGUCCUCUCAGGCGCAUCAUCGCCGCGCGCAGUCCGUACCGGGACCUGUCGGCGCCGGACACUGUUGCUCUGCUCACUUUUCGGAUGGCUGGGAGACGGGGAGCUGCGGCAGCGGUCACAUCCAUUCGCAAGCGGUGCCGUGCGUCUUGGGCCUGGUGCUGCUCCACCCGAACCUCAGUGGCAACAUUUGCUCGGCGUUCUCGCGCAUCCUGGCUCGGUCCAACUUUGGCCGGGCCAUCUUGCGACCACUGCUGCGAACAGAGGUUGGCGAGAUCGCCAAUCGCCGUGCCUGGCAUAACGCUGACAAGCUUACGAGCGAGGUGCUUGAGAUGUACAAGACCCCACUUCGCGUGGAGGGCUGGGACACGGCACUGGUGGAGACCAUGAAGCAGCGGAAGGAGGCGUGCCAGGGGGACCUGCACGGAUACUGCGACAGCGUGCAGCCGAUUCCCACCCUCUUGGCGACAGGCGAGCACGACCGCAUUGUCCCUCCAUGCAAGUCGGAGACCCUAGGAGCAGACCUGCCGCAUGCACGUCUAGCGCUGCUGAAGGACUGCGGACACCUGUCUCACGAGGAGGCUCCCAGUGCGCUGCUGGAACAGCUAGUGCCCUUUUGUGGAGAGGUGCUAAGUCGAGCAGCCUUGCGGUGAAAGCCAAGGGGGGGUUGGCGCAGGCCAGUAGUUGUUAGCUGUUGCAUGCGUCUUUGCAUUGCGCUCUUUACGGACGGACGGACUAACUCUGUACUAGGGUUUUGCGCCUCUUAAAGGAUACCCCACGCCAUGUGAUUGUGGGGCCCUGCGCCCAGCCUGGUUGCCGAGUGAGGCAGGCAGCGCGCGGGCGCGGGUAUGGCGGACAAGGCUCGAGGCCGCAUCAUGACAUUUUGACAACUUACUUUAGCGUGUAGCGUGUGCUCCCAUUACGUUAGAUAUGUAGGAAAGUUUAGCUUUUAUUUCAUUGGUAGUGACCGUUUGAUGUGGGCGCAGACAAUGACUGAAAGGGUGCUCACCGAUUGGUGUGGCGGAUGACAACAAUCCCUGUGGACAGAACUUAGAGCAACGCAUGUGUACGACCCUGACAGACAAUUGCACGACAUGAGCUCCUCCACGUGCCCCAGUGUGCGUUAUGCAUGUGGUUACCGGUGUUUGUCUCCGCUGGUGUGUACAUAACGUUGCCGUGCUUGAACGUGCAGUCGUUGCUGGAUUGAUUUGACCGACAAAAGCGUUGUUGCGGUCAGGCACUGCACUGCCUCUUUCAGGAUGACGUGCCUUGUGACCCUUGAGUCGGUCAUAAGGCUAAAAAUGCAGUUGACUAGACUACUAUCUGAAUGGCUAGCUGGACUGCUACUACAUGUGCUUAAAUGAUCCAAGCACUGUUGCGCUAGGAGUUGAGUUGGUAACUUGCGGGUGGUUGGACGGGGCGCCGCAUGCCUUUGGCCUUUUUUUUAAUGGUCAGCAGGGGCGAUGCAACUGCUUGACCGGUACUGGUAUGAUGUGGCCGUGAUGCAGACACGGCGUGGGUGCCGCUGGUUACCGCCUAGUUGGCUUCGCAAUGGCCUUUGUGGGUUACUCUGAUGGACAAGCUCGAGCACGGUGUGAACGCAUUCCAAGUAUAUAUCGACGCUUUUGACCCUUACGGACAAACUUGGCGUUGCGAUUGUUCAAUUUGCUCUGCGGCAAGGGGAAUCCGUGUUGCCCGUUACUGCUGCUGGUACUUGUUGCCGUUCCUUUACCCAAGUUCUUUCCAUGUGGUUGGUGUCGCACUAGAAUUCCUGGCUGGCAGUGUUUGGUCCGGGGUCGGCUGCUUCCGGCAUCCAGUUUUGGCGUUUGGUUGGCCUAGACACAGUUAAGGCAGGACUCUGAGCGUGUCUUUUCAAGAUGCGUCCUAUUUUAAUGUACUACUAGGCCUAACUGGGUCACGUUUUUCUGCUAGUGGAAAGUUAACGUCCCGAAACCAUGCUCGCCGGCAGGGCACAAUUCAUGGGGGCGUUAUCGACAAUAGGUGGGUUAGGUACUAGCCAGGAUUCCUCUUGAGGCCCUCCUGUGAGUGCCGGCCCCUGGGCUUCCAAAUCUGUGUUGUCGUGAUCUCUCCC